AUUGCCGCCGGGCGGCUAACACGCGUCGCGAAGUACCGCACAAUAAAUAACAAAUUUAUUUACAGGCCAUUAUACAAAUCAAUUAUACAAGAAUUACAAGAAUAGUUAAUAAGGCUGUAUCGUCGACAAUAAAUAGUGAUAGAAUAAAUAAGAUGUAAUAAAAAGUGAAUGGUUGUGUUGUGAUGUAAGCUAAAAGUGAAAGUGCGGUGUUAGUGCGCGUUACGGAACUGCGCUAGGUGAACGCGUUGCGCGCUGUCAACAAAGUGACAUUACCGCCAAAAUAUAUGUCAAAUUGACGAAAAUAAUGUGAAAUAAAAAAAAAAACACAAUACGAAUGUGAAUUAAAUCUUCAUUCUGCUACUGAAAACGCACAAAUUGCACAAAAAUUAACAGCCUUCCAAAUAAACCUUCGCAAAAGGUUCGGAAGUUUCGCGUUUGUUAGAACGCGGCGCGUGUUGCAGAGUCCCGCCAAAAUAGCUGUCAGGCUGUCAAAUAAAAAAAAUACUAGAUCAAGGAGUUAAAGCAAGGAGGUUUAAUAUCGGAAUAUAUCGAGCCAGCCUCCGCCGCCCGGCCAAUGACGCCACGGGUCCCGCCUCCGUGCGGGUCGCCGCUCUUCGGGCUGCUUCUUAUACUCAGUGCCGCUCUAAUAGAAUGCCGUCGACCAGAACCCUACUACGGCCGGAUCAUUGGGCGUCUAACCCAGUACGCCCACGGCAUCAGAGGCACGGUAUAUGCUGUGGAUGAGAACACUGUGUUCAUCAGAGGCUUCGCGUAUGACGGCACUGGACCAGACGCGUAUUUCUGGAUAGGAGAUACCCCGCAACCUUCACCGGAGGGCAUCCUGGUGCCCUACCCUGAAGAUUAUCCUAGCAGAGAUCCACCCGUGUUAUCUGCACACAGUAAUUCUGACAUUCUACUAAGGUUGCCUGGCGGAAAACGCCUAAGAGAUAUAAAGUGGAUCAGCGUUUGGUGUCGAAGGUUUACGGUGAACUUUGGCGAUGUGUUCAUUCCGCCCGGGCUCGAUCCCCCCCGACCGCGAGUGUUGCCAGAGUUCAAGCGGCUCGCGCACGGCCUGCGCUCUGGCAACAUUAGCGUGCUGGACGCUAAGACGUUCUAUAUACCGAACUUGCACUAUGACGGUGCGGGGCCCGAUGCGUACUUCUGGGUCGGGAACGGGAGUGAACCGAGCCCGUUUGGAACUAAGGUACCCAACGAAAUGGGUUCCCUCAACCCGCUCCGGGGCUACCAAGGAGAAGACAUAGAAAUCCAACUCCCGGGCAAGUUAACAGCAUACGAUAUAGACUGGCUAGCGGUUUGGUGUGUGGAGUAUAGACACAACUUUGGGCAUGUUUACAUACCGAAGGAUCUGGAUGUGCCCCCAGCGUUGGGGCAGACGAAAAUCACUACUAGUUCUACAACAUCUCAGACGCCAUACAGUGCAUCUAACAAUUGUAAGGAAAUUCUUGACAAAAGGCUGCAAAUCCGCUGGGAAAUACAGGGAGAGCAAGUCCAAAUAAGUUUGUCUGCACGUCUGCGCAAAGAACAGUACAUGGCAUUCGGUAUAUCUGGUGCUGAGGGGAGAGCGGCCAUGUUGGGUGCUGAUGUGGUAGUCGCGUAUUGGGAUACUAAAUCCAACCAGCCCCGAGUAGCAGACUACACAAUAACACAUCUAGCACAGUGCGACGGUGAAAGAGGCGUCUGCCCUGACGCAAGACUCGGGGGCAGUAAUGACGUCACUUUGGUAUCCGGACAACAGAAGAACGGUGUAACAACGAUCACGUACCGCCGGCCCUUAACCGCCAAAGAGCCAAUGAAAGACAAGGAAGUUCUGACGUCACGUUCUCAGUCCGUUAUCGCGGCAUUUGGUCCUUUGAACUCGAGAUAUGAAGCCAAUGCACAUUCCUUCAUGGAUACUACGAGGAAUGAUGUGCAACUCGAUUUCGGAGCAUUGAACGACAACACAUGCAUCGGCCUGGCCGAGCUAGAAGCUGGCGGGCCGGCCCCAUGGCGUCCGCGCGUGCUCGCCGGCCUCACCAACUUCACCGCGCGCAUCGGGCCCGCCGGCGGCCGCCGCGGGUACACGCCUGUUACCGGUCAUCCAUCAUGGGGCAUAGCGUGGUACAUCAACGAUCAGCUGAUCCCCGAGAUAUAUGUGGAGCGCGGCAAAACGUACACCUUCCUAGUGGAAGGGGGGGACGAUCGGACAAACCCGGCUAAAUUCCACCCGUUCUACAUAAGUGACUCCUCUGAGGGAGGUUUUGGACAAAAAAGAGAAGAGGACCAGAGGAAACAACGCGUGUUCGCCGGAGUAGCGUAUGAUAAUGAAGGAUAUCCGUACCCUACUGCUGUGGGCCGCUACUGCGAAUGGACGCACAAAACUACCGACCAAUCAGCGGUCUCGGAGACAUUUGAAGAGUACAUGCAAACUCUACAGUUAGAGUGCAACGAGGGAGAACCUGCUGUACUCGAGUGGACUGUGGCACACGAAACACCUGAUUUGGUGUACUAUCAGUGUUACACGCACAACAACCUCGGCUGGAAGAUCCACGUGGUAGACCCGGGAACACCGAUCCCGCUCCCGGGACAAAGCAAUGCGAACAAAAUGGCGCCAUUUCUCGCGCUGUCAAUUAUUGUCACAAUUCUGACAGCUGUCACACACGCACAGAUUAGAUAAAGCGUUCCGAUACUCGUACCGAGCUCUGGUGGGGUUGCCAUGUGUAAAAACGUGUAAGGAGUUUAAUAAAAAAUAAUGUUAUUUAUCUAAGAUUGUGUCCACAGACUGAGACCAGAGCUCGUUUCCUAUUGUACAGUUAUGAAAGGGUAUUAAUGUCAAUAUACAAAAUAUCAAUUUCAUAUCAAAACAUUUAAAGCGCAUUUGAGCAUCUAUCUUUAAAUUUUAGACUUAUUUGAAGUUUGUAGAACUAUUUAGAGAUUUUAUUCGUAGCGUAAGACGUAAAUAAGGAACGAAUUGCAUCAUUUCUUUCUCUCUCUAGUUGCGUACGAGUGAACGAGACGAAUAUAUAAACGGAGACAAUAAUAAAUCAUGAUAAUAUUUAAUAAAAAUUGCAAAAUUUUCUUUAGGAUUUUAUCGAUUGUUGAAUAAUUAUAUGGAAUUGAUUCCGAUAUGAUAAUAAAAGUUCUGAAAUUAUAUAAAACUAUGUAAUAUUGACAAUAAUAGAAUAAAAAUUACUCUUAAAUUAAGUGCGGGAGUGCUUGACAAUAAUAUGAAUAAUACUUUACUGUUAUAGAAUAUAGAAAUGUUUUCGAAUUUUUAUCUAUGUACUUUAUUAUGUUGUAAUUAUCUUACGACUGUUGUAAUUUUGACAAUAAACUCUGUAAUUAAGACAAUAAUAAAUUUUAAUUAUAUUAUAAAUAUAUAUUUCUCAUUAGAGAACGUAAAGAUAGAUAAUUUAAUUGAAUAUUAUAUUUUAAAGUGCAUAGAAUGCUAAUAUAAUAUAGUUAUUCAUACUUUUUAGUAUGUGUUUGAUAAUAUUAUUAUUAUAAUUAUAUAUAAAUAUAUACAAUAUUGUAUGCCUACAAAAAUUACCAUUCUGAAACAGAUCAAAUUAAAUAUAUAAUUAUUAAUAAUCAGAAAUAGUGAUGUACCGACUUUUAAUUAUUUUUCUGUAUGAUCGUGUUACAUUGCAAUCGUGUGGAUUUUUGAUAAUAAUAAUUUUAAAUUAGCCAGAUGUUUGAAAGCAUAGUUAUUAUUGAAGAAAUAAUAACUGUGCUUUUAAAUAUUGAUUCCAAUUUAAAUUAAUAAUUAUGAAUUACGCACAACACAAAACAUAUGCCGUAUUACAAAGGGAAAAGUCUCAUAUUACAAGUUACAAAUGGUCAUAAAGGCCGAUUAAUUUGGUUAGAUAAAUGUAUUCCUAGCAUAUCAAUAUAAUAUUUAAAUUGCCUUCCGAAACCACCUAGCAAAAUAUUCAUCAUAAGUUCAAAUAUCACAAAUUAUUCAAGAUCGAAGUUCUACAAAAAUGUAUCUACUUGCUGUGACUAAUUGUUAAAUAGGAAAAUUUUAAUUUUGGUAUAUACCUACAUAGGUGCAUAUUAUGUAUUUAAAUUUUUUGCAUUAAAAAUAAUAUUAAAAACAGUACUCACCAUUUCACUGAUAAAUUUCACAAACCAUUUUAAUCUAAGUAUAUUGUAUACAAUGAUUUUUAUUGACGCAAGACAAUACAAAAUUAAAUUAUAUUUAUAUAUUUUAACGACACUUAAACGAAGCUUAAGAGUAGGUACCUAGAUCAGGACGUAAUUUCCAUGAUCCAUAUAAAAACAAUAGGUAGUUAAUAUUACCGGUGCAAAUUGUAAAUUAUUAUAUGAUGACUUACAAUUAUUUAACUAUAGAAAUAAUUCACGAACCCCGUUUUAGUGGAAUUAAUAAUAUAAAAACACUAUAGUAAUAAUAUGUACAUUUG